UUUUCUUUUCCUUUUUUUUUUUUCUUUAUGAGUGAAACGACAAGAAAAGUAUUUUUUAGACAACAAUUAAACAAGACGAUUCAAUUAUUUCCUUUUUCAUUUGGUUAUUUAACUGUAACUGCAAAGGGACUUAAUUUUCCCUUAUCUUUUACAACUCAACCUCAUUUGCAAUUAAAGAACGACUUGAAACUGAUCACAAUGGGUGAAGAAUUAAAACCAUCUAUUUCAACUCCCAUCAUUAGAACUACAUUAAACCAAAUAGAAACUUCAAUAUCAACACCUGUUCACAGUCCUAUUCGUAAAGCACCACGUCCUUCAACUUCAGCACGUACACCUUCUGCAGCACCUAUUCAAAUAAAAAAUAGCAUAUCGAUACCACUACGACAUAAAAAGACACAUCAAGAACAGAAAAGAGAAAGACAGCAUAAAAUAGAUGAAGAUGAAGAAAUGAUAAAACCGGUGACGUUGGCUGAAAAAAGAGAAAGACAGGCAAAGAGAGCAUAUCAAAUAAAGACAUGGAAAGUGAGGGAAGAAAGAGAGGCGAGAGAAGCGAGAUCGUUAUUAAGGAAAAGAAUGAUGAAUGGACCUAAGAAAGAGACUGACGUAAUUGAACAUGUUCAACAAAAGAAAAAGGGAGUUCGAUUUAAUUUAAAAAAGAACAAGAUUAUUGAAUUGACUAAAGAUGAAGAAGAUUGAAGUGUAUUAUUUUUUAUUUCAAUAAUAAAGCAAGGAAUAUAUUUUCAUUUGCAAUGGAAAUAGUGUAUGUACAAAAAAAUAUAUAGAAUAGUAUGUGUAUGAAUAUGAAUUAAU